CGGGCCCGGUGCCGCCGGUGCGGGCUGGGGGUGGAAGAGGCGGAAGGAGGUCCCGGUUCCGGUCCCGGUUCUGGUUCCGGUUCUGGUCACCGCUCCGGUCCCCAUCCCAGUCUUAGCGGGCCAUGGUGGUGCUGCGGGGCGGCGCGGGCCCCGAGGAGCCGUUCCCGAGGAUCGAGGACUGCCUGCCCCUGCUGGAGGACUCCCCGUCCAAGCGGUUCUCCCCAUCCAAGAGGAAGCAGUAUUACAUCAACAAGGCCAUCCGCAACUCCGACCUCAUCCCGAGGGCCAAGGGCCGCAAGAGCCUCCAGAGGCUGGAGAACACUCGCUACCUGAUGACCCUUCUGGAGCAGGAUGACUGUGGGAGUGACGAGGGAGAGCUCACCCACUCAGCCCCCCCCAGCAUCUUCACCGAGGCCUGUAACAAUGAGACCUAUAUGGAGAUCUGGAAUGACUUCAUGAACCGUUCGGGAGAAGAGCAGGAGCGGGUCCUGCUCUACCUGGAAGAGGAGGCCAGGAAGAAGCACAGGAGGAAGCUGCCUGUCAAGAAUGAAGACAAGUGGAAAGAGCUCCCAGCCUACACACCCCAGGAGUGCUUCCAGCGCAUCAGCCGCCGCCUGCGUGCCACCCUGAAGCGGGGCAGGAUCCCCAUGGGAACGCUGGAGGGGCUGGAGGAGGAGCUGCUGGCCUUCUUCUCUGUCACCCCCCAUUCUGUCUACACAGCCCUGAUGGACAACAGCUUUGAGCGGCUCCUGCUCCACGCACUCUGCCAGUACAUGGAUCUCGUCUCUGCCAGUUCGGACAUCGAAGGGAAACGUCAGAUGAAAGUGAGCAACAAACACCGCGUGUUCCUGCCCCCCGAGCUGCUGCUCUCAGACUACCUGGGGCAGAUGAGCUGAUGCCCCGACAGCUGCCCAGCCCCUCCUGUGUCCGCUGCAGCCCUUGGACCCUCGGCCCUUCCCCUGCUGCAGCAGCCGGUGCCCGGUGGGGCAGAGCCAGGGGCUCUGUUGCUGUGCCCUGCCGAGGAGCAGGUUUCUCUCGCCCGCCCUGCUCCCCGUGCAGCCCUCCUGGAACUGUUUGUGUGUCUAUUUAUAACCCAGGUGUUUUUAAAAAAUAAUCAGGCGGGGCCACCCCCCCCCUCCCCCCCUCCCCCUCUGGCGCUGACGCUCGUGGGGUGAUUUCGGUCCAGAUUUUUCUUCGGUGAAACAGCUCCUGGCGGCUGCUGAGCAAUCGCUGAGCCGGCGGAAGAGCCUGGGGGCUGCCGCGUUCCAGCAGCCCCGCGCCCACGGGGUGUCCAGGGGGGCUCAGCCCCCUCGGGCAGGGCGGGGUGUGAGGAACUCCGGGUACUUUUGCCCCACACCCUGUGCCCUGCCCUCACUACGGGGCUGUUUUUAAGUGUAAUAUAGCUUGUGUUUUUUAUCACGUGUGUAUAUUUACAUGAGUGUGUGUGUGUGUGAGUAUGUGUGCUGGAGGGGUGCAGCCCCUUUCAGGGUUCUCGCUCUGCUUGUCCACAGCUGCCACGGGGGCAAAUGGGGCAUUUUGGGGGUCCCUCUGUGUGACGCCCCCCCCCCCGCCCCCCCCCGUGUCCCUGGCAUGUGCCAAGGGUUGCUCGCAGGGUGUGCCCUGGGGAGGGUCUUUGCUGGUUGCUCUGUCCCAUGAAGACACCGACUGCCAUUAACCGUGGGGACCCCCCAGAGCCAGGGGAGCCCCUUGCGCCUCCUUUGCUGGUGUGACUCGGGUAACAGGCGCAUUCAGGAACAAUAAAGAUGGUGCUCCCCCUG